AUGUUUCUUUACUCUAUUUUUAGGGUGGGAUUAAAAAAAGUGUUCGUUUUAUUGGCGAUAAUUACAAAAAAAAAUUACUGGAAGGCAAUAAUGAUGAUGAAGAUUGAAAGGCGUGGAAAGCGCGAACGCGGGGGUUUCCAAACAUCAGAAAUACGUGUUUUUUGUAUUUUUUUUUUGUAUUUUUCUGAAAAUGGGCACGCGCGCAAUUUUUGGGUGUGCAAAGAAAUGAGCGCGAUUUAACUAAAUUUUUUUGAAGAAAAAUGGUCAAAAAUGAACGGGAAGAAAAAUAAAGAGAGAGAUUGAUGAGGUGAAGAAUGAAGAGAAGAAGAUGAAAAAAAAUUUCUAAAAUGAGAACAAAAAUGUAUUUUUUAAAAGAACGGAGAAUGAAAAGGUGGGAAAAUGAAAGAAACACCUGUGGGGUAAAGAGGGGGUUUUUGGGCGUUGUGACGAUAGGCGAAAGCUUAUA